GCUGAACGAAGUCGCCAUUGGCCCCCGCCCGCCAUCGUUCAAAAGGUUGUAGCAUUAGACGCAUAUGUUACUCCCGUCGGAUUUGAAAGGAGUGAGUACAGACAUGUAGAGUGGCGGAUCUGUUUCAAUACAGGGGAGAAUGAGCUUGUAAGCAAUCUUAAUAACACCCAGAUUUACAUUUAUGUUAUAUUAAAGAUGGUGGUUAAGGAUGUCUUAAAGCCAGUAAAGAAAGAAAUUACAUCAUACACAGUAAAAAACAUUGUCUUGUGGCUUGCGGAGAACAAUCCACAAGCGUUGUUCAGUGAGAGGAGUUUGAUUUAUUGGGUUCAUAAAGGACUUGGAGAACUAAGAACUGCUAUUGUAACGGAACGUCUGCCAUAUUACAUGAUACCAGAACGAAAUCUGAUGGCAGCCGGUGGAUUGAAGGGAGAGCAGAAACGGGCCUGGGAAUCAACCAUCACUGAUAUGAUGAAGGAAGGGCCGGAGUUGAUACUAAGAUUGCCGAAGAAACGGCAAGCAGUAAUCUUGCACCCAGAGCCCAUGAUGUGGUAUAGCAUGAAGAAAGUGGAGCUUGAAAUGCUGAAUCUUAAGUUCGUUCACACAACUGUCCAGUGCGAUGGUAAGAAUGUUUUAAAUGAGAUAGAUCCCAGGAUAUGGAUACGUAUGUAUGUGAUAAUAAUGGAGGUUCGUUGUAGGAUUUAUUUGGAAUGUGGGCGUGUGAAUAAUCUUCUUGAAAUAUAUAAAAUGAUGCUCACGUAAUUUGUUGUAAAGGACAUAAAUUCCAUUAAAAAGUUAUGAUCUACAAAUUACUAAAGAGCGUACUUUAUUUAUUGUGUACACAAAAUAAUGUAAUUUUUAUGUACAUAUGUGCAUUUCGAUAUCAGACAAUAUUCACAGUAUGUUAAAUAUGUUUCUGCAUUAUUUGCAUCUUGAAGUAAUGAUAUUUCAUUGCCUUAAAGUAACAUUUAAGGUACAGUAUAGAAGUAUUAACUUGAUGCAAAUUAAAUUUUCCGCUCAGAAAAAAAAUUGGAAAGUGUAUUGUGCUUAAAUUGUGCCAUGAAUUGCAGCUUGAUCCCAUAUUCCAAGGUCGUGUUCAUUGUUUGCAAUGUGCUAGAAAAAAAGAGUCAUAGACCGCGAUAAACAAAUGCAGAUCUAAGACACUUAACAUAAUGCGGACAAUGUAGCCUGGUACCCGGCUGUACAAUUAAAGUAAAUGAGUGCGUCAUACAUUUUAAUUAAUUGAUAAUAAAGUUAAUAUUGUGUUUUGUAUUUCAUUGUUUACCACUACACUUUUGUUUUACAUGUGUUAUAUGUGUUUGAGACAGUGUUUUUCGUAAGCGAUGCAAUAGUAUGCAUACUUAAUUGUCGAUUGUUUGUAUUAAGAGCUGCGCUUUUGUGGAAAAUAUAA